AUGAAACAGCCAAAUGUUCUCCGUAAAAUGGGUUUGAUUGUGGCUGUGGACUCAAAAUAUGGUAUCGGGAAAAAUGGCGCUUUACCGUGGAUAUUAAGAAAGGACAUGAAGUUCUUCGUUGAAAACACAUCGAAAACAUCGGAUCCCUCAAAGGUUUUUAUGUCUUUCUUCUUCAAGGUAAACGCAGUUAUCAUGGGUCGUAAGUGUUGGGAGAGCAUCCCAAAAAAGUUCCGUCCAUUGAAAAAUCGGCUAAAUGUGGUGAUUACGCGGACGUUACCGGAGUACAGAGACGAUAACCUUAUUGUUAGUAGUAACUUUGACGAGGUUGUGAAGGAGUUGAUUGCUGGUCCGCUAUCCGAGAAGGUGGAGAAGGUGUGGAAUAUUGGAGGCGGAGAAAUUUAUAAGAUGGCCCUGGAGAAGGACUAUGUGAAUGAACUAAUUGUUACUAAAAUACAAAAAGAUUUUGAUGCCGACAUCUUCCUCACCGGUGUCGCUUGGGAUCACUUUCAAGAAGUCGAGUCUGCGCGCUCCGAAAUGCCAAAUAAUCGCCGCAAGAAGAGUGGCGGUUUGAGUGCUCGUCGGGACUCUGCCACACAAAAAGAGUCAAGUACUGCGGGUGCCAUACCUGAACCUCCUCCUCCCCCUGUUGAAGACCGAGCGCCGUCCGUGAAUGGAAUAGCCAACGGUGAUGAUGCUCAGCCUCCAAUGAAUGGAUGCGUUGCACGCACUUCUGUUCUCAACGGAAGCUUAGCUGCGAGUUCGCAAACAGAGAGUAGUGAUGUGGAGUCACUCUCAUCGGAUUCAUCGAGACGUAAUACGAUGUCAUCCUCUGGUGGAGAUCGCGAUGCUGCUCAUAGUCGAUGCAAAAGUAAUCAAGUCAUCAAAAGAGAGCUUAUACGUGAUAUGUCACAGUCGUAUUCUCUCGCAUCCCAAGUUGACUAUGGCAGUGAUGAAUGCGGUGUACGCACACCAGAGGACACCUAUCCUUGCUGUUCUUCAUCCGAAGCAGUAGGAGGUGGUGCAUCUGAAGGCUACACUUCCGUAAGCGGUGCUGCGUCACAAACAGAGUCUUCAAGCGGAAAUGGCGACGGGUUACUAAAUGUGCUAUCUAUGUCAUCAUGGGAUCGCGUGGAUACCAUUUGUGAAUUGGUUUCAUUUUUAAACGUGUAUGAGCUACGUUUAUUGGGAGCGUGCGUUGAGGGAGCAGCUCGACCAGCAUCAUCGACACCGACGAUGCGACAACACGAAACUCGAUCGAACUGUCCUCAGUUUAUCAGCACGAUGGCCACUGAGAUGAGUCAAGUACCAUAUGCACUGAAAGUGGAAGCUGCAUAUAACGUUGUCUGUUUAUUGAAUUCGGCGAAUCGUCAAGGAGCUCAUGCUUUGAUCCGUUUGGUGGAUCAUCUGAUGACGAUAAGAGAAUUGGAGUUGGAACUGUUGUCAAGCGAUGAGGCCCGCAAGGAUGUGUUGAUUAAUCUCGGGAAACUUGGUGAUUGCUUCUUUUUUUCAUUUUUAAACCCAGAUUCCUAG